GCCUCGGGUUUGUUUCUUCUCUUUUCUGCUUUUGUUUCUCCCUCAUACGCUUUCUCUUCUUCUCCUUUGCCUUGUCCAUCACUCACAAUUGUGAGCAAAGUCGUCGCCAUGGAGAAAAAAUCCAGCUCUGGGCCCGACGAGGCCUACGACAUCAACAUCGAGGCCAGCUCGCCAAUUGACAACAACGACUUCACUCUGGCCCACGAUGGCGAGCAGCUCAAGCGUGGUCUCAAGAGUCGUCAUCUGCAGUUCUUGGCCCUGGGAGGCGCCAUUGGAACUGGUCUCUUUGUCGGUUCCGGUGGCAUUCUCGCUGAUACUGGCCCUGCACCGCUCUUCAUGGCCUACAUGUCCAUGUCCAUCAUCGUCUGGAUCGUCAUGAACGGCCUGGCCGAAAUGACGGUCUAUCUACCGUUUAGAGGCGUCACCAUCCCUUACUACGUCAGCCGAUACGUCGAUUCCAGCUUGGGCUUCGCCGCGGGAUGGAAUUACUGGUAUGCCUACACAAUGCUCGUUGCGGCAGAAGCUUCCGCAGCAGCCAUUGUGAUAGACUAUUGGAAAGCCCAUGUCAAUGUUGCCGUCUGGAUCGCCAUUAUCCUCCUCGUCUUGUUGGCGCUCAACUUAUUCGCCGCCGCCAUUUUCGGAGAGGCAGAAUUUGUCUUUGCGUCUAUCAAGCUGAUCGCCCUGUUUGUUCUCUGCAUCAUUGGUAUUGUCUUGUUCUUUGGCGGUGGCCCAGACCAACAUCAUGUUCUCGGCUUCCAUUACUGGAACGAUCCCGGAGCCUUUGUAGAAUACAACGCCAAGGGGUCGACUGGCCACUUUUUGGGUUACUGGCACGCCUUUGUCAAAGCUGGUUUUGCCUUUAUUACCAGCCCAGAGUUGAUCGCGAUCGCCGCUGGAGAGGCUGUUUCCCCCCGCCGAAACCUCAAGAAGGCCGCUCGUCGCUUUGUUUUCCGCUUGACAUUGUUCUACGGCGUAUCCUCUCUCAUCAUCGGCAUCAUCGUCGCUUCGAACGACCCAAGGCUCCUCGGAGCCUCUGACGCCAGCGCUUCGCCCUUUGUCAUUGGUAUCCAGAAUGCAGGCAUCCCAGUGUUGAACCACAUCAUCAACGCCGUCAUUCUGACUUCCGCCUGGUCUGCUGGAAACUCCUUCCUCUACUCUGCCAGCCGAGUGUUAUAUUCCAUGUCAAUCAGCGGCCAAGCCCCCAAGGUAUUCGCUCAUACGAAUCGAUGGGGCGUCCCCUACGUGGCUGUUCUCUUUACCUGGGUCUUCACUCUUCUCGCUUUCCUCAAUGUCAGCAACUCUGGCGCUACGGUCUUCAACUGGUUUGUCAAUAUUUCAACCAUUUCUGGCUUCAUUGCGUGGAUCAUCAUCUUGGUUACCUAUCUUCGCUUCCGCAAAGCCAUCAUCUUCAACAACCUCUUGGGAGAACUACCGUACAAGACGCCUUUCCAGCCAUAUACCACUUAUUUUGCGCUCUUCAUCAUUUCCCUUCUCACCCUCACAAACGGCUUCCAAAUUUUCAUCGGAGAUAACUGGAACGUGAGCGAUUUUAUUGCUGCGUACAUUACUCUGCCCAUCGUUCUCGUGCUUUAUCUCGGCCACAAGAUCUGGAAGCGCACUUCCUUCUGCAUCAAGACAUCUGAAGUCGAUGUCAUUACGGGUAAGAAGGAGAUGGACGAAAUGGAAGCGAUGGACCAGCCUCCUGUACCCAAGAACUGGCUACAGAAGGUCUGGUUCUGGCUGGCGUAAAUAAAGGUGCGAGACAGAGGUGGUUUUGUAGAUCGCGUUGCUAUUUCUGAUUGUAUAUACUGUUAGCUCAAGAUUUUCAGCUCUUGAUUAUAUGACUUCUUGAUAGAUACCCAGUCAUGACUUGGAUGAGGGUUGCGCUGAUGAAAAUGAUUAAAUAUUCUAAACUAC